AUGUACCCUCAUCAUAUUCCUCAGCCUCAGCUGAAUUUACUAGACCCUACUCUCGGUGUUAUUUCCGGGUCAUGCUCGCUGACCCUGGAAUCCCACUAUAAUCUCAUACGUAUAAAUAAUUCCUUAUUGACAACACUCACGAACAUCCUCACAACCAUUCUCACAACCAUCUUCACAACCGUUCUCACGAACCUUGUCAAAAACAUCAAAUAUACUUUCACAACUUUCAACAUCAUGCGAUUCAACAUUCUGCCAAUGAUCGCUAUCGUGGCAACUUUACCAAGCAUUUCUCUAUCUGCGCCUACUGAUUCUGUUGGCGUUCUUCCCCGCGACAACACUGCUGCUAUAAUUGGCACCUGGGAUGACCAGAAAUGUGGCAUCUCGAAAGUAGAUGACAGCGUCGCUGUCCCUGAUGAUCGCCCCACCGGUGCUUGCAAGGAGUUGCGUGGGAACAGUAUGCAGGUCUUCUGGGUCAAGAAGGGGUGCGUAGGUACGUAUACUGACCCGCUUCCAAAGUGCCGCAAAUGA